AUGGAACCAAUUCGUAUUCUAUUUAUCGAUUCGUAUGAUUCAUUCACUUACAAUGUGGUAAGACUCAUUGAAGAACAAGCAACCAAUACUAGACCUGUCGAGGUCAUUACUAUUCACAACGAUACGUUUGCUAAUAUUGAGACACUUAUCAAGUAUUUACCCCUCUUCGAUGGGGUCGUCAUAGGACCAGGACCAGGGAAUCCGGUUCAUGGCUUUAAAAGUGUAGGUAUUAUUGAUAGUUUAUUUAAAGAUCAAAGAUUAAACAACUUUCCUAUUCUAGGUAUCUGUCUAGGGUUUCAAGCAAUGUGUUUUUCGCAAGGUGCAUCAGUUGAAGAACUCGAUACUAUUAAGCAUGGUCAAGUGUACCCUAUUAAGUUAAAUACUGAGAACAAAGAUCCAAUAUUUAAAGAAUACCCUAGGGAUUUUAAAUCUACUAGGUAUCAUUCUUUGCAUGUGACAAAUUUUGACAAUAUAAAAUCAAUAACUCCAUUAGCUUAUACUGAAGAUGAAAAUGGUAUUUUACUUAUGGGUGCUAGGAUUGGUUCAAAACCUUGGUAUGGAGUCCAAUAUCAUCCAGAAUCGUGUUGUUCUGAAUUUGGUGCAAAACUAAUACAGAAUUUCUUAGAUAUUAUUCAUUCAAAUGUUAAGGAUAAGUAUGAUCUAUCGGAACUAAGUAAAGAAGACCAAACUAAGUUAUUUGAUUUACAGAAAACAAUCGAUAUUUCUCCAAUUUGUGAACCGUUGACAAAUAAACCUAACGAUCCAUUUACCAUUAAAAGCUUCGAUGUAUCUCAGGAUCCUCAACUGACUUUUAAGAUAUGUGAUAAGAUAAAGGGUGAUAAGUUUAUUAUGGCAUCAUCUGCGGUCAGUGCUAAUCGAGGCGAAUGGUCUAUAAUUGCUAUUCCUUCUAGAGAUUCUACUGUUUUAUCCCACUAUGGUGCUAUUGAAAAGACUACUAUCUAUAAGUGGCAAGAUGAAAGCUUACAUUCGAAGCAAGUUAUUUCCGGUUUAAAGACCGUAGAUGCUAUUCAUCAAGAAAAUUUAAAUAUAAUUAACGAAAACAAAGAAUCCUUUUGGCAUACCCUUGGAGAGUUUAUGAAGGAAAAAUUUAUUAAAAAACAUGACAAUCUUCCAUUUAUUGGAGGUCUUGUCGGUAUAUUAGGUUACGAAAUGGGAUCAUUUGUCCAUUUUAAUUCAUCAUCAACAACAACAACGUUUGAUAAAUUACCAAAACCUGAUGCUAAACUUGUGUAUAUUGAAAACAGUGUCUUGAUUAAUCAUCAGACAGGUAAACUGUAUUUGUGUUCUCUAUGUGGUGAGUUUCCAGAGGAUAUAUCGGAGUUGAUUAAUUCUAUUCUUGGUGAAGAACACACUAUACAAUUGAACUGGGAAGAUACUUUACCAAAUGAUAUUAGUUACGAUAUCAUUAUGCCAAAUAAAGAGGAUUACGCCACAGCAUUUGAUAAAUGUCAAGAAUAUAUGCAUAGAGGUGACUCAUAUGAAAUCUGUUUAACUACACAGACUAUCGUGACUCCUUCAAAGAGACUCCCAGCAUGGAGGAUCUUCAAGACAUUAAUCAAAAGAAAUCCGGCACCCUUCUCUAGUUUCUUCUAUUUUAACGAUAUAUUAGAUAAUUCCCAUGAUAUCCUUUCCUUUAUUAGUACGUCACCUGAAAGAUUUCUCAAAUGGGAUAAUAAUGGAUGUGAAUUGAGACCUAUUAAGGGAACUGUACGGAAAUCUGAAGAGAUGAGUGUUGAAAAGGCCACUGAGAUCCUGAAAUCACCAAAGGAAUUUGGUGAGAAUUUAAUGAUUCUAGAUUUAAUUAGAAAUGAUCUAUACGAAUUGUUACCUGAUGUCAAAGUUGAAGAAUUCAUGUCUGUUGAAGAAUACAAGACAGUAUAUCAAUUAGUCAGUGUAGUAAAGGCUUAUAACCUCAAUAAAUCCAUGUAUACAGGUAUAGAUGUUUUAAAAUAUUCAUUACCUCCCGGCUCUAUGACUGGAGCCCCCAAGAAAAUUACCGUAGAACUGUUGCAAGAUGAUAUAGAGAAGACCUUGAAUAAACAUAUUGAUAAUGGGUCUAGAGGUAUAUAUAGUGGUGUAACCGGUUAUUGGUCUGCCAACGGUAACGGGGACUGGUCUGUUAACAUAAGAUGUAUGUAUUCAUACGAUAAUGGUGACCAUUGGAAACUUGGGGCAGGUGGUGCCAUCACUGUACUAAGCACCCAAGAAGGCGAACUCGAUGAGAUGUAUGCAAAACUCGAGAGUGCACUUCAAGUAUUCAUGUAA